AGCGUGGUUUUGAGCCUACCCAAUGUCUCCUCUCGAGGUUUGGAAGUUGAUAUCCAUUUUCGCCACACUCGCCACAGCAGUCCUGGGAAUGUGUAUAUCGUUCUACUCCCGAAAGUCCAAGCUCUUCCCUCUCGGUUGUGCUCUGGCCUGUGGUGUUCUGCUUGCUGUUGGCCUCACUCAUAGCCUUCCUGAAGGAGUUGAAGGGAUGCAGUCGUGGUCGUUGGAUAACCUCAACGGGUAUCCAUUUGCCUACCUCCUAUGUGCUAUGGCCGUUGCGUUCCUCGCAAUUGUGGAGGAAGGUGUUCAUGUGUGGUACGAACGGAAAAGUUUGUUAUCUGAACGCCUAUGCGAUGGAGUCCCCGUCAAACGUCCAUCUGAUAAUUUAGAUUCGGAUGAGCGAAUUUUAGAGCCGGAUAUGCAUUCCAACGUCUUUUCGGAGACUUCGGCAAUAUUCGUAUUCUUGGCUCUCUCUGUCCACUCUAUCUUGGAAGGUAUGGCCACUGGGGUUGCCUCUGGGGUUGACGACCUCUACGGUACCUUAGUGGCUAUAUUGGCGCAUAAAGGCUUGGCUGCCUUCGCUCUCGGUGCCAAUAUGGUGGAGGCCCGGGUUAGUCGUUACAGAGUCCUCUUAUAUGGACUCAUUUUUGCCAUGGGUACUCCGGUUGGCAUCAUCAUUGGUUGGCUCGGUAGUCGUGGUGAAGAGAGUGCAGGUUUGUUCAGUGGUAUCGCCAACUCCCUGGCUGCUGGCACGUUCAUAUACGUCAGUGUCAUGGAGUUCUUCCCCGUUACAUUUAGGCACGAUAGGGGCAGAUUCAUAUUUAAGGUCCUAUCAUUCAUAGCUGGUUUCUCGCUGAUGGCUAUACUUCCUAUAUGGGCUGAAGUUCAUGGUUGAAUCAUCACAGUCAUUGACUUCACGUUUCGAAUCAGUAAUGUGAUUCCCAGGUCAAAUUAUCCAACUUCCAUCGUUUUCUCUCAUUUCUCGGGUUAACGACACCAUGUGUCACGUGAGCCCUUCCAACAGGAUAGUGUUUAUCUACAUAGACUUCUCA